GUCCCCAUGUCUACAGCGUUGACAACCGAUAAAUCUAAGGUUAAAAAUGGUUGGAUUAUUGAUGUUUGAAACUUUGUCUGCUGGUGCCCAUGUUGUUGGAACAUCCCAUCACAUUUUUUUCCUUAUUAUUACCAAUAAUAAUACUCAUUUCAUCUUCUCCACUCACUUUCUGCGUCGCUUCCCCCACCGCUUUCUAUCCGCCCACAGCGGUCCCGGCACCUUCUUUAAGAACAAUCCGAUCGUCGCUCCAUCCCAAACUCGCCAUCCUCGUUACUGUUUCUCUUGUCUUGCUUCUUCUUUACUGUUGGCAAUGGGGUUCUUGUUGAAAUUCUUCAAACGCCGUAAACCCACGGCGGCCAGCAGCUGGGCCGAUGAAGAAAAGGGAAGAGAUUUAAGCGUCAAAGAAGGUAAAGGGUUUGUUAAGAGGUUUAAAUGGGAUGAGAUUAAGGAUUCGACUAAGGAUUUCUCGCGUUUGAUCGGACAAGGAGGGUUCAGCAAUGUCUACUUGGCUAACUUGUUGGGUUCCACCCUCGGAGCAGUCAAGAUCCAUGUCGGAAAUGAUCGGUUAAAUCAAGUGUUCAAACAGGAACUGGAUAUUCUGACCAGAAUCCGACAUGACAACAUCGUUAAAUUCCUUGGCUACUGCGACGAUCAAGAGGAAGGUGCAAUGGUGUUUGAGUACGUUCCGAAUGGAAAUUUACAAGAGAAACUCCAUGGAAACGGAAAGGAAUUGCUUCCAUGGAAGACCCGUAUUAGCAUAGCUUUUCAACUUGCUGAAGCAAUCGAGUACUUGCACGACAAAUGCAGUCUCCAGAUAGUUCAUGGCGAUAUCAAAGCUUCGAACAUCUUGUUAGACGAGCGGUUCAACUGCAAGCUCUGCGAUUUCGGGUCGGCGAAGAUGGGAUUUUCAUCGACGGUGGUGCCGCCAAAGACGAAGCAGAUAAUGGUAGGCUCGCCGGGGUACACCGACCCUCAUUAUUUGAGGACCGGUAUUGCUUCUAAGAAGAACGAUGUUUAUAGUCUGGGUGUUAUUAUUUUGGAGCUUGUGACUGGGAUGGAGGCCUUUUGUCCCGAAAGGGGACAAUUGCUGACGACUAUGGUGGCACCGAAGUUAAGAGAGGUUGUCGAGGCUGGUGGUGGGGUGGCGGAGAUGGUGGAUCCAAAGUUGGGUGGUGAGUUAGACUUGGAAGAAGCUAAAGCUAUGCUUUUAAUCGUUGAACUCUGUCUUCAAAAGUCACCUACCGUUAGGCCUUCGGCUGCAGAAAUAGUGCAGACAAUGAAGGAUAAAAUCGGUUCUGUUGAUUCACGGUUGUUGCCUCCGGCCAAAGAGUACCAUUGUUGAUUGAUUGAUGGUGAUGGUCGUGUUUGAUUCAGUUCGUUGCAAUUGUUUGUACAUACACAAAAACCAGGGAGUUUCAUGGACUGUUUGCCCCU